UAUAAGAGCCCUCCUCCAUCGACCUCAUCUUGUUCCCUUCUUCUUCCCCCUUCCAUCGUCUCGAAGGCAAGAUCGAUCGCCGGCUCAAUGAUGGAGAGCACCGAGCUGAAAGUGGAGAUGGUGGCGCUGCAUGAGAAGAGGGUACGGAAAUGCCUGUCCAAAGUGAAAGGGGUGGAGAGAGUGGAGGUGGAGGCGAGCAUCCAGAAGGUGGUGGUGACGGGGUACGCAAACCGGAACAAGAUCCUCAAGGCGCUCAGGAGGGUCGGGCUCAGGGUGGAGCUCUGGUCGCCACGAAACGAGCUGCUCAGCGCUUACGCAGCCGGGAGCUUUGCCUUCAGCAACUACGGGUUCUUCUGA